GUCACAGACAGGGAGAGCAGAGACUCCGUCCUUGGCACUCUGGCGCACUCACUGCUCUGAGGACAUUCAGGCGGUAACUGCAGCAAACAGUUUCAAACCUCAGCAUGUCUCUGUCACACCGGGAGCCGCUCUCUGAGACGGUGGGAAAGCGCAUGGUCGUCACAGGUCCAGACUACAUAAAAGACCACUUGUCUAAAGUGCACCAGCAUAUAGCCUACAUAGGAGAGAAGCGUCCUGUACUAGAGAAAACGGGAGACCUCAGAUACUUAUGGAGAUCUGCCCCAAACCGAAGCCUGCCACCAAAAUAUAAACACGAGUAUGUGGGUGGCAUUGGAUGGGGAAUACCCGAGUUCUGCUUCAUCAACAGAUCACGAUUGGAGAGUGGCUUUCAAAACCAGCUUGGAGAAGUAACUCUUGGUGCGAUUGAAAGACUAAGCCACCGUUAUCAAAACCCAUGGCAACCGAGGCCUUCAGUCCUGGACAAGCAAGGAGGACACAGUCGUGCUUUUCUUGCCUGGAAUAUGAGUGAUUACGAAGACACCCAACAGAGAAACUCCCAAAGAGCUAUUCUCGUUAAACAGAGUAAAUCACCAAGGACCACUUUGCCCUCCAGGCUGCCAAGGAAGGAAGAGAAGAAAAGGAAACCCAAGCCUCAAAGUCAGAACAAAUCAGACUGCUUCUAGGACAAAAGAAGAUCGUAAUAGCCCUGAGUGUUUCUCCUGCUAUCCACGGGACACAUGUCCCGCAAGAGCAUCUCCCACUACUCUGGGACAGACGUCCCGCAAGAGCAUGCUUCAGUUAAGAGUCAAAUAAAAUUUUUAUGAAAG